UGGGCGCGUUAAAAGGGCAGUUUAAGACGUGCUGUCAAAGCAUCGCAACCUACUGGGAUUUGGUGAUUUCGGACUUAACUCAAGGUCUAUUUUAUCGGAAAUAUGUCUUCCUCAAGUCCCGAUCAGCGCCUGGAUCACCUCCUGAGCGCAGUGGAGAGCGAGUUUCAGAAGGGCAGCGAGAAAGGCGACGCGUCCGAGCGGGAUAUUAAACUUUCCCUUGAUGACGCGGAGUUGUGGACCAAAUUUAAAGAACUCACAAAUGAAAUGAUUGUCACUAAGACUGGAAGGCGAAUGUUUCCGGUGCUCAGAGCCAGUGUCUCCGGCCUCGACCCCAACGCAAUGUACUCGGUGCUGCUGGACUUCGUGGCGGCCGAUAAUAACCGGUGGAAAUAUGUGAACGGCGAAUGGGUGCCAGGUGGAAAACCCGAACCUCAGAGUCCGAGCUGCGUCUACAUCCAUCCAGACUCACCCAACUUCGGCGCGCACUGGAUGAAAGCGCCCGUCUCUUUCAGCAAAGUCAAACUCUCCAAUAAACUCAAUGGAGGAGGACAGAUUAUGUUGAACUCUUUGCACAAAUACGAACCCCGUAUUCACAUAGUGAAAGUCGGCGGGAUUCAGAAAAUGAUCAGCAGUCAGUCUUUUCCUGAGACCCAGUUUAUUGCAGUCACAGCUUAUCAGAACGAAGAGAUCACAGCUCUGAAGAUCAAGCACAACCCAUUUGCCAAAGCAUUCCUGGAUGCCAAAGAAAGAAGUGACCACAAGGACAUCCCAGACCACAGCACUGACAAUCAGCAAUCUGGAUACUCACAGCUUGGUGGCUGGUUCCUGCCCAGUAACGGCCCUAUGGGCCCCAGCAGCAGCCCUCCUCAGUUCAGUGGGGCCCCUGUUCACUCCUCUGGCUCGUACUGUGAGAGAUACUCCAGCCUGAGGAACCACAGAGCUGCCCCGUAUCCCAGCCAUUACCCCCACCGCAGCACUACCAGCAACAACUACAUGGACAACUCUUCAGGAAGUCUUGCUUCUCACGACAGCUGGUCAGCCCUGCAGAUACCCAACUCUAGCGGCAUGGGCACCCUGGCCCACACCACCAACACUACAUCUAACACCAGCCAGUACCCAAGCUUGUGGUCCGUUGCGGGGACGACCCUCACCCCGUCGGGCUCAGCAUCGGGGUCCAUCACCGGCGGCCUGACGUCUCAGUUCCUGCGCGGCUCUUCGGUGUCCUACUCUGGGCUGACCUCUUCUCUGCCGGUGUCCUCUCCCUCCUCGAUGUAUGAUCCGGGCUUAAGCGAGGUUGGCGUGGGAGAUGCCCAGUUUGAGAGCUCCAUCGCCAGGCUUACAGCGUCCUGGGCUCCUGUGGCACAGAGCUACUGA